AUGCUAGUUGAUCAUGAGGGUCAAGCUCGACAACUCUACAUUAGAACCACCAUAGUAGACCUUCCCACUCGAGAGCCUCAAGGUAAGGCUGUUAUACAAAUAGGUCCAUAUACACCUGAUAGACGUCACAUAGCUAGACCUCUAACUCUAUCUUUACAAACAAAAAAGGCCAACUAA